GGCGCGACCGAACCCGAAACGCUCAAUUUUGCCCACAAAUUGGUCAAAUUUUCCAAUCAUUUGAAACUCCCUCAAAGAGUUGUAAUGGUAAAGAAAGAAGAGAAUCGAAUAACAUUUUGGAUUCCGACGCGCCACUAAUGAUUUAAGUCUUUCAAAAAAUAGAUUUCUAAUCCAAAAAAUGCUAAGCUAAUAUUUGAAUGUAUAAAAUUAUCUACAUAUCUAUAUAUCCGUAUAUACAGGGCGUUUCGAGCGAACGUGGGAUAUGUCUCUACUCAGCGACACAAUCGAAGGAUAUUUUACAAUCAAAUUGAGCAAUUUGAAGUUGGAAUAUCGGAGAAGAUCAGACAAAUUAAACGAGGUAUUUUCGAAUGAACCGAAAAGGGUAAUUAAAUAUUUUUCAUCGUCGCUCAGUACAAAAAAUCCCGCCAGUUUCACCAGCAAACGCCGCUGUUUACACGCCGAAAAACCGACGAAAAAUGUAUGUUCAUUAUUACAGAGAUCCUUGAAAGCCUACGAGAAUAACAAAUUUAACCAAAAGUGAAACUCGAUACGAAUUCAGGAGGUGGAAUUUCAUUCAGCGGAAGACCAUGUAUAAAUUUUUCUUUACAACAACGAUAAGAAAAUCUACGAUUUAGCCGGUAACAUUUCGAAAUUAUCCGCUAAUUUUCCGCCUGUUUUGAAUAAAAUAACGCGACAAUUUCGAAAUGUUAGCGAACAAAAAUCAACCGCAAGAACACAGUACCCGUUAGGUAUUAACAGUUCAUUAAAAUAUCAAGAUAGAAAUUUAAUUUCAAAUAACAGGUACUUAAUGUAAGGUAUUAGGUACUGUUUUCUCUAUAUUUUUUUACAGUUUAGGCCUCUCGACGCUACUGAUUGUAAAUACACGAAAUUUUGUAGAAAUUUACUCCUUCUAAAACCUAACAAAUCGUCAAGAUAACGCCAGUUGUAAUCGAACGUGCCGUUAACUAAUUCGUUAUUUAAACAGGUCGUUAAAUCGCAACACAUUUAAUUCAUUGACUAAUUGAUUGUUGAAAUUAAAUUCGCACAACUGAAGUCGCGAGACGAUUUUGCAUCGGAGAUUUAAUUUAAUGGGUAAUUCAUACAAAAACUAAUUAAUUACAACUCGAUUUUGCGGUAAAUAGAGAACAACCAUUUAAUCGAUUGCGGAAAAAAUGGAAAGUCCUUCGUUAAAUGCCAGAAAAAUAGGCGCCCCAGUCUUAGGAAACGCUACAGAUUCAUUUAUACAUUACUAAUUAAUUAAACAUAGUUCGAUUGGGGGACUUUUCCGGCUCUACCAGACGAAUUAAAAGAGCGCCGAAUUUUCAUAGAAAGCCGGAAAAAUCCGGCGGAUCGAACGAACUAACGCAAGUUAAAAAUUUUCCUCGAAUAUCACAUGAAAGAACAGAAGUUUGUUUUUUUUUUAUUGCGAACAAGAAUAUGACUUAAAACAUUU